GUCAACAAAUGUCAUUAUUCGAUAAAUAUCUUCUUUAUAAAAAUGAAGAUAUCCUCCCAUAUUUUCAUAAUAAUAGUGUAUUCAAUGAUCAUUGCAUCAUUAAUUGAAUGUCGCAAAACUAAAAAGGGGACUGUAACAACCAUCGCCACGCAAAAUAUUAUUGUCGAAGUCUCUACAAUAAAGCAAACUCAUGAAUCCACAUUUCAAGUACCUGACGAUGGAUGGGUUUCGCUGGCGUUGAAGGAUAUCGCGUAUUAUUUAAGAAACCACAAAUUCAAUGAAUGGGACCAAAGAUAUCACCAAAAUAAACCAAGCGAAGAACUUAUUGGCUAUUUCAAAGAAUUUCCUGAGCCUCCGCUAAAAUGUCUUCAUUGGAAAGUUCAACAAAACUGCCACAAAGAUUUCUAUAAAUGUAUAAUAUACCUUCAUAGUGUAAUUGAAACUGCACCUAUAACUAGAAAAGAUGAUAUAUUGACAAUAAUAAAUGCAAACGGUGUGCCUGUGAAUGAAACGGUGAGUACAUUAGAGAAUGAAUGUAAAGAUGCUGUGUCGAAUGCAGACAAAACUGGAAUACCAUUUGAUGGGCCUAAAGAGAGAUUUGUAUGGCGUACAUCUGCUUCUUACUACAUGUGCUGGUAUACUCUUUUGGAAACCCCAGCUUUGUCUAUGUUAGGCGAACCUUGUGAUAAUUUCGCGAACUGUUUAGAUCCUGUACACGGAUCGAGGAACCACGACUACAGAGCUAACGAUACUCAAUCUUUCGCAUGUGCCAUGUAUAGUUUUUGUCCUGAUCUUUGUUGUCCAAUUAGGUACAUAAACUCCAAUGAAUGUUACAAAAAUGAAAAUCCUUGUUUGGUUCAUAAACGAAAUCUCUGGACUAAAAGCGUAUGUAAAUUUGAUCGAAGAAGUAAUCACAACUUCGACAGCAUGAUUAACAAUAAAUGGAAUGUAUCGUGCAAUUGCGAGGAUGAGGGAUUCAUUUGGAAUUCUCAAUUCGGCAUGUGUGUUGAUAAAAAUGAAUGCAUUAUAGAUGAAAGUCACUGUGACAAUAAGACUCAAGAUUGCUUGAACACCCCUGGAGGUUUUCAGUGUAUCUGUAAGUGGGGUUUUGCUUUCGAGAAUAAAACAAAAACCUGUGUGUAAAUAUAUUU